CUGCAGGCCUACUCAUUCAUUCCCAACGCUCCCAUAUACACUACUGCACAUACUCUAUUGUGUGUGUAUAAUUCUCUCUCCAUUUCUGUGCUUCCUAGAGAGAGAAAGUUAAUGUAAAAUCGUAAAUAUCAUUGAAGGAAAGAAAGAAACAGUGGAGUGACUGAGCUGAGAGAAGGGAAGGAGGGGUCCAUUUUCGUUGCCAUGAGUGAAUGAAACCAACUCACUAGGGAUUAAGUUGGGUUGCCGUGGUCGAUAGCAGUGGAGUGCUAUGGGGAAGUCUGCUGGAAAAUGGAUCAAGACUGUACUCUUUGGAAAGAAGCAUUCUAAAUCUAAUUUAUCCAGAAAUGUUGUCCCUGAUAAGAAGAAUUCUCCGAAGACACCACUAGAGGAUCAAGCUGGAAAGUCCCCUGUAAUAUCAGACACAUUUCAGUUAACUGAGAGUGGUGUGGAGACCUUGCAAGUUGAGAAGGGAACCUCUCCAUGUGAUAGUAUUGCUUCAUCUCCUGUACAUCCAGGUGUAGAUUCACAAAGUAAAGAUGCUUUUCCUCCAGUAGAUGAUGCUGAGAAUAGAAGACAAGAUCAAGCUGCCACAAAAGCACAAGCAGCCUUUAGGGGCUACUUGGCUCGUCGCGCUUUUCGUGCUCUCAAGGGUAUCAUAAGGCUACAAGCUCUUAUUCGUGGACAUCUGGUCAGGAGACAAGCUGUUGCCACUUUGCGGUGCAUGCAAGCAGUUGUUAAAUUCCAGGCACUGGCUCGUGGACGAAAGGUUAGACUCUCAGGUGCUGAGCCUCAAGUGCUAAAAAAGUACAAUAUGGGAGAACAGGAUGCUAAACAGGUGGACAUUGGAGCAAAGUCAUUUUUCGGGUCACAAAAACUAGCAACAAACACCUUUGUCUGCAAGCUUGUUGCCACAUUGCCAACUGCUAUGCCCCUGAGUCUUCAAUAUGAACUGGCUGAACCAAAUUCAGCCUGGAACUGGCUUGAGCGUUGGUCAACAUCUCACUUUUGGGCACCACCUGCGCGGACCAACAAAAUGAUAAAGGCAAAGCCUCAAAAAAAGCAAGGUGGUGGACAAAUUGUUGAGCCUGAAAUUGGAAAAUCAAAAAGGACUAUCCGAAAGGCUUCAACUGUGGCAAACAGCGAAAAUGGUGCUUUACCUUCUUCUGAAAUGGAUAAACUUAAACGCAACCCCAGGAAAGUUGCAAAUAGUCAGACAGAGUUGGUCCAAGAGCAACCCCAGAAUGAACUUGAGAGGGUCAAACGCAGCUUGAGAAAGGUUUCAGCGUCUGGAGCGGCAGCUCCUGAGAAAUCAGGGACAGAAACUGAGAAUCCACAGCCAGUUCAGAGUGUAGAAACAGUAACGAAUUCUGCAACUGCUGAUGUCUUGGAGCAGGAAAUUGUGAUUUCUUCUGAAAAUCCAUGUGUUUCAGAUGUUGGGGUUGGUAAAAUGGAAUUGCUUGAAUCUCCUUCCAAGACAGCAACGGAAGAGCCAGUUGAUCUGCCACAUGAUAACUAUCCAGUUGCUGAGACUCAUUCCUCAGAGAAUGGUGUGAAGAUGGAUUCUAAUCUGACGUUGAAUGAUGAAUUGAGCUGUAAGGAAGAACAAUGUGGCAAAGAGAAUAAUAAAGUCCGGAAAAGGAGAUCGCUUCCUGCUAAGCAGGAGUAUCCUGAAAAUAUCUCACAGAAUUCCCCAAGCGUGCCAAGUUAUAUGGCAGCCACUGAAUCAGCAAAGGCCAAGCUUAGAGCUCAAGGAUCUACUAAACUUGGUGAAGAUGGGGCUGAAUACGGCUACACCCGUCGCCAUUCUCUCCCAGCCUCUACCAACAGCAAACUGAACUCACUGUCACCUAGGGUACAAAAGCCUGUCCAAGCUAAUGGCAAGGGAAUCAGCAAAACUAACAGAUCAGUAACAUCCUCUAAAGAUGAUAAAGUGCUUCAGCCUGGGUGGAGGAGAUGAGAGUUGGCAGUUGUGCUAAAUUGGGAAGGCUUGGAGGACUAUUAGCUGCAGAGUUUCGUGUAAAACGCGGAACAUGGGACAUGACAAGUCAUAGUUGUUUGAUAUCUUGGUAUCUUUUGCUUUGUGUUUCUGUAGUGCUGAGGUUUUGCCAAGGAAUGUAUAGUCAUAGAUGAAGAAUGUGUGUUGACUAAUUUAAAAAUCAGUUGGGUGCUUAUAGUUUCAAUUGAUAUUUCUCUUACAGUCGUCUGCAUUGUAAACUGUCCAUGUUUUUCUGUACUUCAUAAAAAGUCCACGGUUUGUCGUUA